AUGAUUCAAGUCACCUUACAUCACCUGAAACCAGAGGGAAAGUCGGGCACAGUGUUAGUUGGUAAUAUUGAAUGUGAUGUGCAUGUUGCACUCAACAUCACCCUAGCUCAGCCCCAGUCCAAGGUAAUCAACCAGCUCGAACCAUUAUGGGCAGGGUGGUCGCGCAGCCACUCUCUCUCCCUCUAUAGCCUGGAAAUGCACAAAUCACCAAAGUUGAUUCUUUACAACCCAAGACAACCAUCCAUUGGCACUAAUGAACCAGUCCUACAAGAAUUCUUCGUGCGUGCAACGCCCAAGGACCCCACACCCAAAUUUUUUGCAAAUGCCCGUGUUGCCAUCCUUCUUGAGCAGUGUGUCAAUAACAUUGCACCAAGUGUUGACACUGAUGUGCAAAAUGUGCUAACACCAGCAUCUAGUAUCCCUGCAAAGAAAAGGGUACUGCAAAGUCAAGGUAGCAGCAAUGAUUCUAGCCCAUCACCACCACGCCGCCCUGCACACAAGCGCUCCAGGAAGUUUCUGAUAUCUGAAAUUAGUGAGGUCCUGGCAGGCAACAAUGUCUCAAAGGAUGAAGACCAAUCCAAUGUCUCUGACGGCCCUUCAAAGCUCGAAUACCAAUCUCAACUAAAAGCGGCCAUGAAAACUCAGGGAAAUGUUAGAAAACAAGCAUCCUCUACUAUAGGUGCUGGAUGUGUCUCUAUCACCUUUCGUCUCUUCGACAUCCCUUCCAUUGGCUUCCCAGCGCUCAUUUCUACGCCAUUCAGUACUAUUGAUAGCAAGUACACUGUUGCCGCACUCACCAUCAACACCAGAUCCAAAUCUAUGAUUGGCUUGGCAGGAAGCUUCAAAACGUGUCACCCUGCCUUGAUUUCAAAUGCAGACGUUGUCCCAUCCAUGUCUACAUCACCACCACCAUCUGUUCUGUCAGCCGAGCAGGUUGUAGCUAAAUGUGUUGUCUUAAUAACCAAGGGUCUUAUAUAA